UGUUGCGUGACUCUUGACGAAGCUCUCAACAAGUCACGCGAACCUGAGAGUGUCGCUCUACAGAGGAAACUGAAACCGCCAUUUCUGUUCACUUUCGUAUUCGUCCGUUGUAUCGGUGUUCAGGACGACAGUAUGGCCACUACAGAUAAUUCUUUCGCUGAUCCACCAGAUUUCUCAGAGCCGUGGAAAUUCAGCGACAUCGUUCUUGUUGUAGAGGAUCAGAGAUUUUACGUUCAUCGCAACAUUCUGGCACUUUGGUCGCCCGUGUUCGAAAAGAUGUUUACAGCAGCGUUUCAAGAAAAAAACAAAGAUGAAAUACCUCUACCUGAUAAAAAGGCGAAUGAAAUCAGAGAACUGCUUCUGAUGAUUUAUCCAAACGUGACCGGAAAGCCGUGGGUUAGAGUCACUCACGACAACUGUUACUUCUUGGCGAAGCUUGCCCAAGAAUAUCAAAUUGACGCCAUUGUGCAACAGUGCGAGGAUUUCUUGGUCGAUAAGAUGGGAAAGCGGAAAGACAUCUUGAAUGAAUUGAUCUUUGCACAGACCUACAAGAUGGAGAAGCUUGUGUUGAAUAGUAUUACAGAAGCCAGUCAACUUAGUAUAAAGGAACUUAACUGCCAUGAGAUGUGUGAUCAAAUUGAGCCAAGCAUUUACAAGAAGAUUGUGGAGGGAAUCGUCGACCGACUAGAGGGGGAGCUGAAAAAACUGCAGUCGAUGCAAAAGGGGAUAAAGGAUAUCAGAGAGAAGUGCCUGAAAGAGUUGCUUGAAAUUGCCAAAUGUUUGACAAAACAUGCUUACGAAAAACACAAAAGGUACUUUGUUGGUGUCACUAACUUAGAUAGGUAUUUGUUUACUCUGGAACAAGACACACAAGAGCAUAGGUGUUCUUCAGGCACAAUGUGCCCAGGUUUAGGUGAGGUUUCAAAGCACCUUAAAUUCGUAAAGCAGGCACUGGAGUCACUUUCUGGUAAUUAGCGCGAAAUAGAAAAGUCACGCAACGGGAAGUGGAAAGUAGCGUUGCGUGACUACCCAAGUAACGGCUGUGACCCAAGGUGGCCUGAUUUUUAGUAAAAGCUAAUGGUUGAUAAAGCUAUUCAUUGAAAACUAUAAAUUUAUAGUUAAAUAAACAUUUGUUGUUUUUGACUCAGUAACGUUCCGUUUGGUUUUUGCUGAUUUAGUUCUUUUUAUUCUAAAAUCCCCGUUAGCCCGUAGUUCGUUCUUUUUAUUCUACUAUCCCCGAUCGUUAGCCCGUAUAGUACGCCGGUAUUAAACUUCCCUAACAACUGCAAAUGCUGUGAUUUCAUCUAGAGAUCACCCAGUGGAUAUUUCGAGCAGGCUGGCAAGCGUUGAAUCAGUGAAAAUUUAGUAUCCCACCUUUUCCUCCUGGCAAGAGGAGGAAGAGUCAUUGUCACAGUGAUUUGGUUACCCCGAGUUUCGGGUACCCCGUACCCAAAUCCCCAGUGUUUUGGGUACCCCCAGUGGGUAUACCCAAACUGACUGGAAGCGUUAAAUACCACAGACUGGGGCAAGUGAAAUCAUUUAUAAUUCUGCUCUAAAAUCUUUUAUCUUCUGACGAAGCUCUGUCUCAAUAAUUGAAAGCUUUCUUAAUCUUGAUAUAAACGCAUAACGUCUCUUAAAAUAGUCGCAGUUUAUAGCAGACUGUCUGAUCCGAGUCCUCAUUUUUUAUCAGUUCUAACGGCAUUCAAAAGAAGAUUCACGCGCCAAAGUUCCUUGUAUUAACUUGGGCUUGGGGCCUAUCGAUAACCCUUGAAAUGCAUGUUACUAUAAACAAGAAAGGCACAUUCUAAACCGUGGAUAGUUCGGCGCGCGAUUGAAUUCAAUCGAUAUGCGAGCGAACACUGACUGAGAUACGGCCGU